GCUGGCGGCCACAGCAAACAAAACAAGGCGGAAGCGGCGCCGCGGCCAUGGUCUUCUUCAAGAGACGCAAGGACGAGGUCGAGGCCGUCGACGACGACUUCAUGGAGAUCAUACGCAUCGAGCGCGUCGUCAACGAGCUCAUGAAGCGCAAGACGUGCCACAGCCGGCACGGGCUGCGCGACACGGAGAGCGACUCGGUGCUGCCGCCGUCAUCAACGAGUGGCGGACCGCCGAUGAUGGCCAUCGAGCUCGACCAGCCAACGACGACACUGGCUGCAUCGAACAGCGCACAGAGCCUGCACAACAACAGCCCUGACUUGGACGCGACACUUUUCUACCGCAUGAGCUGCCGCUUCCUGGACCCAUACCUCGAGGCCAUCUACCAAGAGUACUGCCUUCUGCACUGGUACGCCCGUGCGCGCAACGUCGUGUGCCUCCUCAUUCUGCUGCACGUCGUCUUCUUCCUCGUCUACUGGAUGAAGGACGAGCCCAACAUUGGCAAAAACAAGAUGAACGGAAAAGACCUCUUUGCGCCCAACUACUCCAACCCGCACGAGUACUUGCAGUGGGCGUACCUGCUUCUCGCGCUGCCGUACCUCUCGUGGGUCGACGAGUCGAGUCCGCUCCGCAGGCGCUGGAAGAUGACGUUAACGUUCAUCCUCCUCUUCUUCAUGACUGGCAUCCAAAUCUGGUUUGCCUACAUGAGCCAAGAAGCGACGACGCGCUUUGACGACGCGAUGCGGUCCGCGCAGACCGAGGAAGGAUGCAACUCGACGGCCUAUCUCAACAUGGACUUCCCGCUCAUGAGCCUCAACCUGUACAGCGCACUCGUCUCUGUCGGCUCGGUCUUUGUCGUCCUCGUCGGCGCCACGCUCGGCGUCAUCUUCCACCUCGAUUUUCCCCACGUCGUCUCGCUCCUCGUGCUCUCGAUUGUGUCGCUCACCUGCGUCCUAUACGCAUAUGCGCUGACGCCGCAAGCCGUGCUCCUCACGGGCGUCAUCUUUCCCGGCAUCCUCCUCUGCAUUACGUGCUACUACUCGGACCGCGCCGCGCGCCGCGCCUUCUUGGCCAAGCUCCACGUCGAGAAGGAGAACGCCGACCUCCAAGACAAACUGGACGCGGCCGAAGCGAUGCUCAUGAACGACCCGGCCUGCGACGCCGAGACCGAGGCGGUCAACGGCACUCUAAAAUCCAAGCACCUCCAAGUGGUCGCGAUCCCGUUUGCGGACCUCCAGUUUCUUCAGAUCAUUGGCCGCGGGGCGAGUGGCGAAGUCAUCAAAGCGCGGUAUCUGGGCACGAUGGUCGUCUGCAAGCGCAUGCGCCGUGAGCAGAUCACCGUGUCGUCGAUCGAGCACUUUCGCGAAGAGAUUGAGCUCGUGUCAUGUCUCCGGCAUCCCAACAUUGUGCAGUUUAUCGGUGCCAGCUGGGACAACUGCUCCAACGUGUGCAUGGUGCUCGAGUACAUGGAGCAGGGCGAUAUGCACAACGUCCUCCACUCGGCGCUCGGCCGCGCGUUCGUGUGGAGCGACCCGCUCUUGAAGAUGGCGGUCGAUGCUGUCCAAGGCAUGCUCUAUUUGCACUCGCAAGAACCACCGGUGAUCCACCGCGAUCUCAAGAGCGUCAACCUCCUCUGCUCGGCGACCUUUGGCUGUAAAGUGAGCGACUUUGGCUUGAGCCGGCGCUACAAGAAGGACCUCGACGCGCUCACGACGGUCGUCGGCACGCCGUUCUGGCUCGCACCUGAAGUCAUUCGCAACGAGCGCUACGGCAUUGGCGCCGAUGUCUACUCGUUUGGCAUUGUGCUCACGGAGCUCGAGACACGACAGACACCGUACCACGAGAUCAACGAGACGGGCCUCAAGGUCAUGAUGCGCGUCGCACGGGACGGACUCCGGCCGUCGCUGCCCAAUACGUGCCUGCCGCAGCGCCGUAAGCUCAUUGAGGACUGUCUCCGCGACCGCCCGUCCGAGCGCCCGAAUUUCGUUGAAGUGCUUUUGCGUCUCCAAGGCGAGGUCCGUGAAGAGAUCGAAGCCGACGCCGAGCGGUUCGCGCAGGACCGGCGCGCGCUACUGCGGCAAAAAGCCAUGUUUGAACACGCCCGGCGCAACGGUGGCUACGAGCUAGUGUAGACCCUCGUCAUCUCUAUUAUUUAUUCCGCCCCAAUAAUGUAGUACCCGAUUUUGACCUGUAGCG